AUGAGAGAACACCAUCUCUACGUCACUUCUCUAGAGGAAUAUGAACCAAACCGUGAAUUUGUCGGUCGUAAUUUCAAUGCAGGAGAGGUGGUUCAACUAGUUCUUAAAUCACCUGGCACCGGUCGCUGGCUUCCAUUUAACUACGUCCAGAUGGUCAUGAUGCAUGAGCUAGCACACUGUAAGCAGAUGAACCAUUCGCGGGCUUUCUGGACGGUCCGGAAUUCGUAUGCAUCGCAGAUGCACGAGCUUUGGUCCAAAAGGUACACGGGAGAUGGAAUCUGGGGUAGAGGUGCUAGCCUUGCCACUGGCGAGUGGGAGAAAAAUACGGUGCUUGCUGAUGAGAUUCUCCCGGAACAUCUCUGUGGAGGCACAUACAGAUCGAGACGAAAGAGAAAGGUUAAACCACAGUUGUCCUACCAAGAGCGAAAGGAGAAGAGGAUUCUGAAAAAGUUUGGCGCCAACGGAAUUGCUCUUGGUGCAGAUGAAGUGGAAAAGGUCAAGCUGGAAAGCGGCAAGAAGAUUCAAGCAAAGCCCCGGGUUGCUGGGAGCAUGAGAGGGCGCGAACUCAGAGCAGCUGCCGCACUCGCCCGUUUCGAGAAACAAAAGGAUGAGCCAGAACCUGUUAAAGAUGACGACGAGACGGAUUCUGGCAGUGGUAGUGAGUUUGAGGAUGAGCCCGGGGAAGAUUCCAAGGAUGCCGUUGAUGUUAACGGGAAGAAAAUUCUCGACGGACAGGGUCGGGGGAUGGUCAGAAUCUGUGGAGAUGAGAAUGUCGAUGAUCUCGGGGCCAUGGAUGAGACUCAGGAGCUUCAAAGGAUGAUCAGAGAUAUUAAAAGGGAGUCUCCUGGGCCAGAGAUACCGGGCAUACCUAAAGCAGCUUCUUUUGAUGAUCCUACCAGUCGAGCCGGCGGCGUGCUUCUCCAAAAAUGCAUCUUAACAGCGCAGCCGAGCAUGGCGAGGUCCCAAACGUAG